AUGACUGCUACCACGUCUUGGGUGCCCGCCGACGCCAAGGGCGACUUCACCAUCCACAACCUGCCGUUUGGCAUCUUCUCUACCGGCUCCGACGCGCCCCGCCCCGGCGUCAGAAUCGGCGACAGCAUCGUCGACCUCAAGGCCCUCUCCAGCGACCCGGCCGCCGCCAAGCUCAAGACCAUUCAGGGAGCGGCGGCAAGCUUUGCGCAGCCGACGCUCAACGCGUUUGCGGAGUCGGGCCGGGCCGCCCACAGGGAAGUCCGCGCGGAGCUGCAGGCGAUUCUCGGCGAGGGCGGCGACGCGCUGCUCAAGAGCAACGAUGCGCUGAAGCAAAAGGUGCUGGUGCCCGCCAGCCAGGCCAAGAUGCACCUCCCGAUGCAGAUUGGCGACUACACGGACUUUUACGCCGGCUACAACCACGCCUUCAAGGUCGGCGUGCUCUUUCGCGGGCCGGACAAUGCGCUGCAGCCCAACUACACGCACAUCCCGGUGGGCUACCACGGCCGGUCGUCCAGCAUAGUCGUCUCGGGCACGCCGAUCCAGCGACCGCGCGGCCAGAUUCUGACCAACCCGACGGCGCCCGUGAAAGAGCCCAUCACCAGCGCCUGCAAGCGCCUCGACUACGAGCUCGAGCUCGGCUGCUUCAUCAGCAGAUCCACCAAGAUGGGCGACGCCGUCGACGUCAACGAGGCUGACGAGUACAUUUUCGGCUACGUGCUGCUCAACGACUGGAGUGCGCGUGAUAUCCAGGCGUGGGAGUACGUUCCUCUGGGGCCCUUCAACGGCAAGAACUUUGGCACCACCAUCAGCCCCUGGAUCGUGACUGGCGACGCGCUGGAGCCUUUCCGUGCCGAGGCGCUGGAGAACAAGACCAAGAUUCAGCCGUACCUGCAGGAGUCGCAGAAGAAGAAUGUCUAUGACAUCAAGCUGCAGAUUACCAUCAACACUGACGGAAAGACUGACGGAAACAUCAUCUCCGAGACCAGUGCCAAGAACCUGUUGUGGUCGUUCCCGCAGAUGGUUGCGCACCACACGUACGGCGGCUGCAACUUGCGGGCAGGCGACUUUUUGGGCUCUGGCACCAUCAGCGGCACGGAGCUAAAAGAGCGCGGUAGCUUGCUGGAGAUGACUGAGGGUGGCAAGCAGGACUUUGAGAUCGGGCAGGGCAAGGUGCGCCGGUUCCUCGAGGACGGCGACAGCGUGGUCAUGUACGGUUACUGCGAAAAGGAUGGCGUGCGCGUGGGCUUUGGCGACUGCGAGGGCAGCAUCCUGCCGGCCAAGGCGCUGUAG